AUGGCGAGAUAUUGGGCAUUAUACAGGGAUAUUGAAUGCGCACGGCGCGGGCUCAUUUGGACAUAUGGUAAAGAGCAAGUUAAUUAUAACUUCAACAAGGCGGGGGCCUGGUCACAUGUGGACAUCUACAUGGGUCCAGCAAAGGAGCUGAUUGCAGAAGCGCAUCAUAUUUUGAUUAAUCAAGCGCCAGAAUGCAGCGUUGUUGUGAGGAAAUCGGCAGCUUACAAUUGCGACUACAUGGGCUCGCAGCGGGUCAACUUCUCCCGUGGUAAACAAAUUGCUUCGAUGGCAGUUGGAAGCUUGAAACGAGAAGGAGCAAAGAUGGAAGCCAGAUUAGUUCUCCGCGAAGACGCGCUGCUGAUUUGUACAGUCGACCAAGACCUUGCCUUGCUGCCUUAUCCGAGCAUUACUUACAUUCACAUGGACGAGAGCCUCGAAAGCCCUGAUCACCUCUUGGGCAUUAUUGCGGUCAUUCCCGAAAUGCCACCUAAUUGUAUCUUGAUCUACUCGGAAGACAGCCAAGAUAUUGUGGCCAGAAUUGCUGAGAAAACGGGUCUUCCAAUUGGAGAAGAGCAGGGUCCGAUAAUUUGA